AUGUCGCAAGUUAUUUCAAAGGCAUCAUGGCUCUCAAUCCUGUUAGUAGCACUGCUGGCAGUGUCUACCGUCAACGCGCAUCCAAUCCGCCAGACCGAGGAAAUGGAAAAAGGACUUGGAGUUCGAUCACCGAGACUUAUUCCAGACACCGAGGAAUACGUCCGUACUAUCUUGCAAGGGUUCGGUCUGGAAGAGCCAGCCCCAACCUCAACCUUAACCUCAACGCCAAUCGCCACGCCCACUGCCAGCAUCAAACCCAUUCAGGACCUAGAGAACAUGGCGCCAACACAAACCACGCACAUUAUCUACUCGAGCUCCAUUAGCCAUACACCCACUUACGGCAGCAAUGGUGCAAGCUACACUCAAACUGUGGAACAUGAAGACAGCGACAAUCAACCGGUCGAGAGCGCUCAGAUUGGGAACAAGGGUAAGAAGAUUGAAGAUUUCACUAAGUUCUUUCAGUCUAUAUACAAGUUUCUGGAGCAUCGAUUGAAGGAUAUGAUUGACAGCUCUGAUGAGAUUGGAUUGGAGAACUUCGUGUGA